AUGGUUUCAUACUUCGGAUCCAACGUGCAUGAGCAGGACGCGAUCUUUACCGAAGCAGCGCAAAUCUUGGACUCGAUGGCAUCUUCUCCUUCCUGCAACCGCAUCGCAGCAAUGAGACUACUCACAUCUUGCCAGACCGUGGGCAAUGGCAAGGGCAGUGACGCUGAUACUCACGAGGUGCUUGAUCUGAUACGAUCCGUCUAUGCGGCGCGACUUGCAAUCUGUGAGCUCCAAGGCACGGGUACCGUGAUUCCCUCUGCGUGUAUCCCCGUGACAGUCUCGCCUCCCGCUGCUGGCACAGGUCGAUUCGGAUUCCCAACCAAAUCCGCACCUCCAGACACGGGCAGAGACUCAAUUCCAAUGGAGCUUCUGGAGCCAUGUCUCCAGGCAUUAGAGUCGCGGCCUCAGUGGUGGACUUCCUACAGCAACAGUCGACAGAACGCCAUGGUUAUCUGCCAAGCUACGCGAAUGGAACGAGAAAAGGAAGAGCUGCUGGAUUUGCACCGCUCAAUAGUGAAGAGCAGCGUGAAGCUCAAUACUGGACUGCACGAAGCUCUGUUGAAUGCGACAGCGCAGGCUGUCCGGAACCAAGCGUUUAUGGAAUCUGUGGAUGCUUUACAGACGCAAUUUGUUUCGGGCCUUGAAGAAGCGCAAGUGCGCUUCAAAGGCAGUUUUGCGGAUUUGCUGCAGUUAAUCAAAUCGGGUAUCACUACCGUUACCGGUACCGUGUCAACGGCUUUGAACCAUUUGCAAACCGAAUCUGCUACCCUUGAGAAGAGCAUCCGAAGCACGUCGGACCAGGCUCAUUUGCUACAAAAGACUCUUCGAACGGUGAAUGAUGAGGCACUGGUCAGGUCGAAGGAUGUACUCCUGGCCCAUGAACAAAAUGCUCUAAUCCACAAGGAUCUUGCAAAUUCCUUGAGCCUCUCGCUGGAAUCUCUUAGGGAAACAGAUGUGGUCAACCUCUACCGACGCAUUGAAAGUGUUGAUGCCGCUCUGGAAUGGCUGAUCACCCGGAUGGAUCUGAUACUAUCACAGGAGAAUAAGAUGAUUGAGCAAUCGGAGACGACAGCCAGAGAGUUGCAAAAAGCUCAGCUCUUGCAAUCUGAAGCCAUACUUGCCCAGUCUGAGGCUCAAGAGACCACCCUGCUCAAUGCCAAUAAUUCUAAGGCACUCAUCGAUCAAACUGCCAUUAUUGCCGCUGAUUUACUAUCCAAGAUCGAAGAAACAAGCCUCAAAUUUCGCCAAACCUCCAGUUUCCUCGGCUAUCUGUGGGGAAUCGGAGACUGGAUUUCAGGCGCUCUUUGCGUCUUUCUUAUACUGGCUCUCAUCUCAGGUAUGAAAAAUGGUUUCUUCGAAUGUCUGUUCCAGAUAUGA